UUAUUUAUUUGAGAAAUUUUGUAAAAAAAAUCUGAAAUUAUCUUACAAUGCAUUAGAAAAAGAGUUAAUCAAUCAAUUUGAAUAUGGUGAAUAGUAUCAUUUAUUGUGGAUGUUAUCUCAUGAAGAUCAAAUUGGCCAUAAGUUGCAACGGAAUAUAUUUCUGAAAGAAAAGAGGAGUAAUCCAACGGUUAAAAUUACCUGAAAGAGCAACAAAACAUGCAUCCGACGGUGCUCUGAACAAUCAAACUCGAAUGAGACCCCACAGUCACCUCAGCUUUGCCUUUACAGAUUUAUAUCCGGGGAGCAGCAGGGAUAAAAAUGGAAAAUAAGAAAACUGGUAACUCCACUUGAAUUUACAUUUAAAAAGAAAAGAGAGCGACUCUGGUGGGGUUAAUGGUAUCUUCAUUGAAUUCAAUGGGGAAGAAUAUCUGUUAGUAAUAAGAUUGCUAAAAUGUUAGAAGAAGAGGAAGAUUCUCUGGAAUCAGAAACUGAACUCACCGAUGAACAGAAAAUUGAGAUUGCCAAAUGGUUCCUUCUUAACUCCCCCGCCGGCGAAAUUCAGUACGUCGCCAAAGAUGUUAGAGCGAUUUUGAAAGACGAGAAUGUAUAUAGGAAAGCGGCUGAGGAGGCAUUCCCUUCUUACAACAAAUCUCACUUGAUUUGUCUCGAAUUGCCCAACAGAAGUGGCGAUGUAUUGGUUACGUCUUUUGGUGAGGUUGAUAAGGAUGAGUAUCUUGAUCCUCGCACUGCCCAGGUUGCCAUAGUCGACCAUGUCAAGCAAGCCUGUAAAGAAGUUAGGCCAGCAAGAGAUGAAGAACUUCCAUCUGCUUUCGUGGAAGAGUAUAGGUCUGCCAUGGAUGCAGAAAUUAUGAAGUAUGUGAGUGAAGCGUAUCCAAAAGGAAUCUGUUCAGUUUACUGUACCAAAGGAAAGGAUGUGGAAGAUCCAGGAUCGGACUUUGAACUCGUUGUGGUGAUUUCAGCUGCUAGGCAUAGUCCUCAGAAUUUCUGCAAUGGAAGCUGGCGAUCAAUAUGGAAUAUUGAAUUCAAGGAUGAAAUUCAAUCUGUAGAAGUGAGGGGGAAGAUGCAGGUUGGCGCGCACUACUUUGAAGAGGGAAAUGUGCAGUUAGAUGCACAACAUGAAUGUAAGGACACAACAUUAAUUCAGUCCCCAGAUGAUUCUGCAAUUUCCUUGGUUAACAUUAUUCGCCACCAUGAGACUGAGUAUCUGGCAUCUCUUCAGACAUCUUACUUGAAAUUGCCUGAUACCACUUUCAAGGACUUGCGGAGGAAGCUUCCUGUUACUCGUACGUUGUUCCCAUGGCACAACACUGCGCAAUUUAGCCUUACAAGGGACAUUGAAAAAGAACUUGGAAUUGGAAAAUAGAAAUGUUUCAUGCCUUCUAUACAAGCUGAACAUGUAUACACCAUUACUGAUAUGACAAGCGAGUUUACUUGAGAUUGCCAUCUUCGGCUCUUUGUCGUCUUCUCCCUAUUGUAUUUCUUUGAGAGGGAUCUUCAUUUUUUGCCUUUUUACCAUGGUUGUUAAUGUGGGAAUUGUUCCUUAUUUGCCAAUUGGCCUGAGAGAGUUGUGUAUGCUGUGAAGAGCUGUAAAGUAAUGAAUUGGAAGUCUUUCUUCAUGGUUUCUUCCCUUGGAAUGACUGUGAACAUGCUGGUAAAGAAUGACUCUUGUUUAAUGUACUUUUUAAAGCGUCUGAAAGGUCGAGGCGAGUCCAAACAUCAAAUUGUUCGAACUUUGUUUUGAUUUCA